CGCUCCACAGCAGCCAUGACCAUGGGCAAGAUCAUCUUCUAUGAGGACAGGAACUUUCAGGGUCGGUCCUACGAGACCAGCAGUGACUGCGCUGACAUGUCCUCUUACCUAAGCAGGUGCCUCUCUUGCCGGGUGGAGAGUGGCUGCUUCAUGGUCUAUGAUCGCACAAACUACAUGGGCAACCAGUUCUUUGUCAGAAGGGGUGACUACUCUGACUACCAGCGCAUGGGCAUGAGUGACUGCAUCAGGUCUUGCCGAAUGAUUCCUAUGCACAGAGGCCAGUACAAGAUCAGGAUAUUUGAGCGGGAGAACAUGAGCGGCCAGUCCAAUGAGCUGCAGGAGGACUGCGAAAGCAUCACAGACCACCUUCGUAUGAGUGAAUGCCUGUCCUGCACCGUGCUGGAGGGCCACUGGCUGCUGUUUGAGCAGCCCAACUUCAGGGGAAAAAUGAUUUAUCUGAGGCCUGGUGAAUAUAAUAGCUUCAAGGACAUGGGCAUGAGUGGUAUCCAAUUCAUGAGCAUGAGGCGCAUCAUGGAUUCAUGUUCUUAG